GCAUCUACCAGAGAUACUAAGCCGGGGUCCUAACUGACACUCACAUUGUGAAGAUGGCUGCCUCCCUGACGGGACUAUUAAAACCCUGGACACCAAGAGUGUUCCUGGUGAGAUGGAGCAGGUACAACCCGUACUAUCUGGAGCCAGAGUUCAGGAAGGAGGUGUACAGCAAAUCAGAGGCAGAGCUGACCGCUGAGGAGAAGGAGCAGCGGGAGCUCAAAGUGAUCAGACCCAUCAAGGCAGCAACGCAUGGAGUCAACAGCUCUGUUUUCUAUGACCCAGUCGUCAGUAAAUUCACCAACAUGAUGAUGAAACACGGAGAAAAGACCUUGGCCAGACAGAUCAUGACACAAACCCUGGAGACAUUAAAGAGGAAACAGGUGGAGAAAUAUCACAAAGCUUCAGAGGAGCAGAAGGAAGAGAUCGAGUGUAACCCCUACGCCAUCUUUCACCAGGCUCUGGAUAACUGUAAGCCUGUGGUCGGGCUGGCCAACAUACAGAAAGGUGGAAAGAACUAUCAGGUGCCCGUCCCUCUUACUGACAGCCGGCGUCGUUUCCUCGCCAUGAAAUGGAUGAUCACAGAGUGCAGGGAGAACAAACAUCGACGCACACACAUGUAUGAAAAACUUUCCCAGGAGCUCAUGGCAGCCUACAUGAAGGAGGGCAACGUUAUCAAGAAAAAAUUUGAGUUGCACAAGAUGGCUGAGGCCAACAGAGCCUACGCCCACUACCGCUGGUGGUAGAAAGAAACUCCUCUGGACUGAAAUCGUCACUGCCGACUCAGACAUCGCUUCAGAUUGACAGACACUGCGUUGCUUGAAGCCCUCCUGUAAAUAGUAAAUACCAUGAAAAGCCCUUAAUGGAAGGACUAUGCUGUAAAAAGUGCUGCUGAAGAAGUGAAAUAUGUAUAAACUGAGAGAACAUAGCUUGCUCUGUCACUUUUUACAUUGAGAAAUUGUAUUAUGUUCAAUAAACAGUUGUUCUCAGUCGCAUUGUUAUAACAACACAAUAAACAAAUCAAACUGAA